CUCCUUGUGUUCCACGAUUCCACCCACUCUCGUAUUACACAAAAGUUUCUCACUUGGACUUAAGUAAGCACUGACUGCUGCUUUUUGCUUGAUCACUUGCAGCAAAAGUUUAAUCACCCAUGGAAAAAAAGACAGUUCCAUUAGAACUCUCCAAACUUUCCAAAUUCUACAGCAUUUUAUUAUUAGUCUCCAAAAAACAGCAAUUGGGUUUUUCCCACCUAAUUGUUCUAGUAAUUUGACUAAAUUGUGUCCCAUUACUUCUGUGGUACUAUUUGUGGGUCUGCUUCUGUAGUCCAAAACUUGCCUUGGAGGUUGCUUUCUUAAGGUUACAUCCAUGUUUUGCUUCAGAGUACUGUGUGCAAGUUUGUUCUCUUUUCUUUUUUUUGCUCCUCGGUUUUGUGGUUGCACGAGAGCUGAGAGAUCUUGAGAAUUUAGCUCCAACUCGUCUGGUGGUGAAAUGGGCAUGCAACUGCAUCUUCUGCUUCUGCAAAUGUGUUUGAUUGCUGGUGCUCUACCAUUUCAUGGAUCUGCAGCCACCCAUCCUCGCGAUGCCAUAAGGCCUUCAAGUAUUGCAGUUCCACCUUCUCUGUCACCCUCCGGAGGUCCUGCAACGAAAUGGGUGCAUGGUCCCGUGUCUUCUCCUUUGGUCUCACAUCAAAAACAUCACCACAGUAGAAAAAAGUUCCACAGCUCUGCUCCAGGACCAACUUAUCCGUUUCAUUCAAACACUUACAAUGGACAAGGCCCUUCAGUCUCACCUGUUCAGUCACUCUCUCCGUCAAGGAGCUGGGUUGCACCUGCACCAUCACCGGCAACUCUCACAAGCCACUAUAACAUGCCCAUCUUCCCCCCUGCAGCUUCUCCCGUCGAUUCUUCCUUCAAGACGACAAUGGCUCCACAACCAUCACCAAUUUUAGCACUACCACCCCCACCUCCCAACGAAGAUUGUUCAUCAAUCACAUGUACAGAACCGUUAACUUAUACACCUCCAGGAUCAAGCUGUGGUUGUGUGAGGCCAAUUCAAGUUAAACUCCAACUAGGUGUUGCAAUAUACACAUUCUUCCCUUUAGUUACAGAGCUGGCUGAGGAAAUUGCAGCCAGUGUGGCAAUAAACCGUAGCCAAGUUCGAAUUAUGGGAGCAGAUGCAGCUAGUCAGCAGCUAGAGAAAAGCGCUGUCCUCAUUAACUUGGUACCCACAGGAAUAACGUUUGAUGGCACUACUGCAUUCCAAAUCUACGAAAAAUUCUGGCGCCGACAGGUUUCCAUAAAGCCGUCGUUCUUUGGAGAUUAUGAAGUCUUGUAUGUUCACUAUCCAGGUCUCCCACCUUCUCCCCCCUCAGCACCGUCAACCAUUUCUACUAUGGAUGAUGGGCCAUACAUCGGAAAUGACAACCAUGGAAGGGCAAUAAAACCUUUAGGUGUUGAUGUGCCGAGGAGAAAAAAAGGUGGACUUGGAAGAAGUAUGAUUGCUGUGAUUGCUCUAUCAUCCUUCACUGCCUUUCUUUUAUGUGUGGGAGUUAUUUGGAUUUUGUUGUUGAAAUGUGGACCUUGCACCCGACAACGGGAAAAUUUUGCACAAACUGUAUCAUCCUCUCCUACAAAACUCUCAGGGCCUCCGAGGUCAGCGAUGUUUGGAAGCAUGCGUGGUUCUGAAUCAACAUCCUUGAGCUCUGGCACCAUGAACUAUACUGGAUCUGCUAAAACAUUCACUUUGAAUGACAUAGAGAGAGCAACUAAUGCUUUCGAUGCCUCGAGAAUACUGGGAGAAGGUGGGUUUGGGCUUGUUUACGGUGGAAUUUUAGAUGAUGGAAGAGAGGUGGCUGUCAAGGUUCUCAAGAGAGAUGAUCGUCAUGGUAGCCGCGAAUUCUUGGCAGAAGUUGAGAUGCUUGGCCGUCUACACCAUAGAAAUUUGGUUAAAUUGAUUGGUAUCUGCAUAGAGGGCCAUGCACGUUGCCUAGUAUAUGAACUUGUUCCAAAUGGGAGUGUUGAAUCCCAUUUACACGGCAUUGACAAGGAAACUGAUCCGCUCGAUUGGGAUGCCAGAAUAAAGAUUGCCCUUGGUGCGGCUCGGGGAUUAGCUUAUCUCCACGAAGACUCGAACCCUCGUGUUAUACAUCGUGACUUCAAGGCCAGCAACAUCUUGUUGGAAUACGAUUUUACACCCAAGGUUUCAGACUUUGGAUUGGCUAGAGCGGCAUUAGAGGAGGGGAAGAGACAUAUUUCAACACAUGUCAUGGGAACUUUCGGGUACUUGGCUCCAGAGUAUGCAAUGACCGGCCAUUUAUUAGUGAAAAGCGACGUUUACAGCUAUGGUGUAGUCCUUCUUGAGCUUCUAUCAGGGAGAAAACCAGUGGACCUGUCACAACCUCCAGGCCAAGAAAACCUUGUUGCUUGGGCGCGGCCACUUCUCACAAGCAAGGAGGGGAUAGAAACAGUUAUAGACCCAGCCUUAAAGCCAUCCGAUAUCUCAUGGGAUAGUGUGACCAAGGUGGCAGCAAUUGCUUCAAUGUGCAUACAACCGGAAGUAUCUCACCGCCCUUUCAUGGGUGAGGUUGUGCAGGCCUUGAAGCUAGUAUGUAAUGAGUUCAAUGAAACACAAGAACCGGGGGGUUCAAUAAGUUGUGGUCAAGAUGAUCUUUCCCUUCAUAUAGAUAGCGGUAACUUGGAAGUAUCACGAUCACUGCAUGAGCAGGAGCUGCCGACUGUAUUUGGUGCUGGCCAUGACACCAAGAUACCAUCAACAUCGGAUUUGUUAAGUGCAUCUGUGGCGGGACUCAAGGUUGAAGGGCAGGAAUUCGGGUCUUUCAGGCGGUAUUCUAGUUCGGGACCUCUGAGGACAGGGAGAAAAGUGAAGUUUUGGCAGAGACUACGAAGUUUGUCUAGAGGCAGCAUGAGUGAACAUGGGUUAUCAUAGAAAUAUUUAAGUGCACUGCCCUUCAAUCACAAGCUAUAUAAAUUGGCAUCUGCUUUAUCCUUUUCAAUUUUAGUGCAAUGCCUUGAACAUGGGAUUUGUAAAUGACUCAUUUCAAGUAGUUAUUUGUAAAUAAUUCUCACAUGCCUUUUGUAAUGCUCAUGUGGUGAAUUUCUAA